AUCACUCAGACAUUCUGUGACUGCCUUAUAAUAUUUAUAUUUAAUUGAGUAAUGUUUUUGUCUAUUAAAUAGUUUUUUAAAAUGUCCGUUAAAAAACGCAGAAAUAAACGAAAAAAGAGGCGUUGCGUAACCGUGUCAAGAGUAAAAAAGAAACUAACUAAAAAAAGAUCGACAAACAGCACCAAUUUGAAAUCAACCAAACAGCAGAAAUCUAGUGAAAACAAUCAAAAGCAAUCAAAGCCGCAAGAAAAAAAGAUCACUGUCCAGCAACUUAAGAUUCCUUGUAGACGAUACAAGGAGUUCCACGAUCAUUUCUUAACAUAUGAUAAAAUUGUAAAAUUUUUAGAGAAAAUUUGUAAAGAAUAUCCUUCCAUAAUAGAAACGAUUCUCAUUGGACUAACUGGAGAAGGAAAACCAAUUUUCAUGGCAAAAAUACACGACGCUUCUUCUACUACUUCACCCAAAACGGCCACUUUUAUCGAAGCAGGUGCCAAAGGAGAAGACGCUUUUGCAGUAUCCAAUGCUGUCUUUAUGAUUGAUUAUUUUACAAGAAAUCCAAAUACUAUUAAAUUAAUGGAUUAUCUUAUAGUGCCAUGUACUAAUCCCGAUGCAUAUGACAAAUAUAUUAAAAGUAAAGAACAGAAAAAUAAAUGUAAUUUAAAAAGAAGUACAAGUAAAACUAACUGUUGCAAUUUAGAUGAAAAGAAACGAAGAAACAAUAAAAACUGCCAAAAACCGAAAUGUUCAGAUAAAGACGGUUUUUCUGAUAUCGUGGAUUAUUCAGUUGAGUGCGGAUUAAGCCGAUCGGUUUUACUAGGAAACCAGGCUCAAAACAAAAAGGCAGAUAAUAAAGGAAAUAAGCCGACGAGGAAAGAAUCAAAAACUGACAAUAAAAAGAAUAUCAAUAAAAAUAAAACGGCCUAUAAAAAUUCACCUGAAAAGGUGGAUAGUUUCCGGGCAGAUUUAAGCUUUAAUUUUCCGGUUGUCUUAGGGUUAAAUGACAUGAGGAAUAUUGCUACAGAUAAAUUCAUGGAACAAAUAAAGAAAUGGAAAGAAAACUACAUUAACACGUCCCCAGAAAUACGCGCAUUGCUGACAGCAAUUCAGGGCUUUCAAUUCGCCAUUAAGAUGGUAAUUAGUUUACAAGAGGGCGGCCAAUCAAUCUGCUACCCUUACGGUUUCUGUUCAGGAUCAACUGAAGAAAUCGAGGAUCUUAAAGGAGUGGCCAAAAAGGGAAAAGCCGCGAUAUGCGGAAGAGACUUCGAAUUCGGAUCGGCUUAUCAGAUUAAAGGAUUAACAUAUGGAAAUCUAAUUGACUUUUUAAAAGUUGACAAAGCCGCCAUUAAAUACACUUAUAUCAUACAGGUUCAUAAAAAGGGAUCGAAUUAUAAUGAGAAAGAGGAGCAGAAGAAAUUGGUGACUUAUGGAUGUCAGAUUAUGACGUGUAUAACGCGUAUGACUUCGGCAGUGUAUAAGUCUUUUUGCAAUUUGAAUUAUAAUAAAUAUUUGGAGACUUCAAGUGAUGGUAAGAAUCGUCUAGAGAAGAAGUCCAGCUUCUAAAAAAUGUUGUUUUCUUCGGUUUCUUGUAAUUGGUGUUCUUUAGGCCACCAAUCCCAAAGGUGUAUUUAAGUUAAUACGAAUAUACAUUGGGCUCAGUGAUUAAAAAAAAGAAAAGCGA